AUGAGAUUUGGCUAUACAUCCUUUUAUGAUGAAAAUAAUACCUUACUCUUUGCAGUUUUAGGAGGUGUAACUUUAACUGGAAUCGAUAAUACCCUUUAUAUGUAAAUUUCAUAUAGCCUCGACACUUCAACUUGAAUUUGAUCCAGAAAACAAGCAUCCGGCGACCCUCCUAAAAACUUACUCCCCCCAUUAAAUUGGAACAAAAUUUAAUUUUAUAAUAAAAAUUUUAUAUUAAAAAUCAUAAUUUUUUAUAUAAAAAGUUUUGAUAUAAGUUAAAAGUUUCUUCUUGACUAAAAUUAAAAAUUUAGUUAUAUCUUGCUCUUGUUUCAAGAAGAGAGUAUAAAGUGCAUCUUAUUUAAAUAAAUUUAUUAUCCUUAAUUGCUAAAUUUUUAAAACACAUUUUAUUUUUUAGAUACAAAUAAUAUUUUUAUUUAAAUAAUUUUGAUAUAAAUUAUAUGUGAAUUUCUUUACAAAAAUUCAAAGUUUACUUAUUUCUUGCUUUAUUUUAAAGAAUAAAGUAUAAAUAACAUCUUAUUUAAAACAAAAUUAGCACUUUGACCGAUAAAUUUUCUAAAUUUUUGUUUUUAAUUAUUUUUUACAGUAAAAAUAAUUUUUGUGUAAAUAGUUUUGAUACCAAUUAAUAGUGGCAUAUUAAUUAAUAAUGAAAAUUUAGUUAUAUUUUGCUUUGUUUUAAAGGAUAAAGAGUAAAUAGCAUUUUAUUAAACAAAUUUAUUAAUUUAUAUCACAAUUAAAAAUGGAGCGCAUGAAUUAGGGUCAUUGUCCCCUAAAGGUCAUCCUAGUGAGGGAAGUUCAGACUUUCUGAAGGAUAUUAGCGCUGGAACUGCUUCGGUAGUUCCCUGAGUGCUUGAAUGUACAUCAAGAAAGAAAAGAGAGACUCGUCUAGGUCAUAGGCUACUGUAACGGUUCGACGGUUAGGCUAAUUCCACCUACCGUUGUUCAGAGCUGUUAGCCAGUGAUGGAAUUCAGGAAGGAAGGGCUUGAUUGUCAGAUCCUAAGCUAAGUGGGGGUCGACAGAGUGUUAUCGUAAUCUUAAAUCUCAAUUUAUAUCGAUAAAUUUUUUAAUUUUUUUUUUAAAUUGCUUUUUAUAAAAACACCCUAACCCCCCUUUAAACUGGAAUAAAAUGUCUUGUUCCAAUUUAAAGGGGGGGAGCUAGAAGGGCCAGCUCUUGUACAUUACAAAAACAGACUUUAUACGGCCGGUGGGGAAAAUACUUUUGCAAAAAUUUCUCAUAUAGAAACACUGCUCUAUUUUGGCUUGGACGACAAUAAAUGACAUAAUAUUACUUCCGAUAAGACUUAUACGUCAAGAAUUCUUGGAGGGAGUUUUUUGAAAAAUUCUGAACUAUACUUAAUGAUGGGUUUUUCAAUAGAGAAAAAUGCACACGAAAGCAGGUGAUAUAAAGUUGAUUUAGAAGACCCUAAUCAUGACUGAAUAGAGGUUACUAUUCAAGGAGAUACUAAUAAAGACUUAGAAAUUGAUAGUUAUGGGUAUACAUAUUUCAAUGAAACUUUAUGAAUUUUUGGAGGUGAUGAAAAUCCUCCUAUAAUAAACCGUUUAGUUAUAUUUAACUUAUCAACUUCACCAAUUGAAUCCUCUAUUUAUGAAAAUGAUUUAUCUCCAAGUCCAAGGAUGUAUCACUCAAUGCAGCCAAUAGGUCAAAAUUUAUAUUUAUUUGGUGGGUUAGGCGACAAUGGAGCACUUUAUAAUGAUUUAUGAGCUUUUGAUGUCAUGAAGGAAAAAUGAAGCUUAACCAAUCCUACAGGUGAUGUCCCACCUAAAAGGUACGGAUAUGCGUCUGCAGUAAAUGCUGAUGUUAUAGCCUGCUCCCGGCUAUAGAUCGGGCUAUGCCGAUUUUUGCCGGGAAACUCGGGGGUUUGUCUGCGUCACUUCGGGGUGACGAGUCAACUCCCCGAGUUGGCAAAUAGCCACCAUUAAGUGAUUUGCCAACUCGGGAGUUGACUCGUCACCUCGAAGUGACGCAGACAACCCCCCGAGUUUCCCGGCAAAGAUCGGGCAUAGCCCAAUCUAUAGCCGGGAACGGGCUAUAUGCUUGUAUGAGGUGGAUAUGGCCAAGAAGGGUAUUUAAAUGAUGGCUACUUAUAUGAUAUCAGUUCAAAACAAUGAUUUGCUAUAGAAUACAUAGGAACAGCCCCAGCUCCUAGGCUAGGGGCAUGCGCAGGGUUAAGCGGAUUUUUUAUAUAUAUUUAUGGAGGAGAAACUGAAGUAGGACUGUCUGACGAGCUAUGGAUUUAUGACAUGACGUCAAAAAAAUACAAUUUAAUCAAUAGUGGAGAUGAUGAUGGCCCAGGGCCUGUUUAUUAUGCUACCUGCAGAACAGACACACUUAAAAGUAAUUUUCUAUGAGUACUUUAUGGAGAAGCAGAAGAUGAUACCCCUACUAAUCAAAUUUAUGGUUAUGACGCAGACCAAAGCAAAUGAAUUGCUUUUUAUGACGAUUCAACUAAUACAACGUACAGCAGAAGCAGGGCAGCUGUAUGCAAACCCUUGGAAAGGGUUUUAGUUGUGGGAGGUGAAUCAUUUGCACUGUAUCCUAAUAAUGAUAUUUUUUAUUUUUCGAUGGAAGACUUGGGAUUUACAAAGCUUGGUAAUAUUGCUGAUACUUUCUUUGCAUCUGCUUCUGCGUAUUUUCAGAAUUAUUUUUAUAUACAUGGAGGAGGAACUACAGCAACUAGUCUUUUGAGGUUUAGCGUUCCAAGCAAUAUACCAAAAAGGUUUUAAAACGAUUUCUUUGAUUUUUUCAGUAUAAAUUGACUAUAAAUACUCUAUAUAAAUAUUUAUUAUAAAAAGUAUAUAUUUUUUAAGACUCCCAAUGUGGUCAUUUUGCAAUGAUAAUGUAACUUGUAAUUUUGCAUGCGGAUAUGGAAGCUAUAGGACAUCUUCUAAUUGUGAAAUCUGCCCAUUGGGGACAUAUUCAGAUAGAUUUAACGCAACUGAAUGUAAAUCUUGCCCUGUAGGAAAGUAUGGUCCACACUAUGGAGCGACAAGUUUAGACAUGUGCUAUCCCUGUCCUGAAGGAGAAUAUAAUAAUCAUGAAGGACAAGCCCAUUGCUUGGAUUGUCCUCAUACGUCGACCUGUAAAGUUGGGAGCAUGUCUUAUAACUAUACAAUAGACACUUAUGAAGACUCAUAUAGUCAACCUGCUAUUUAUUCUUCCAAUAAUGAUGAUGCUGACCAAAAUAGUCUUAUAAUUGAAAUUGUUGUAGGGGCAGUAGGAGCACUAGCGUUAAUUUCAUUCUUUCUGUCAAGAAAAUCGAGAAUGUUUUUAAUUCGUUUUGACUUAUACCCUGCGAAACAUAACCAUUCUAUAGGAGUGCCGAUGAUGCUAAAGCGUACCAAAAUAGGAGGGAUUUUUGGAAUUAUUUUUCUCUUUUUACUCUCUUGAUUACAAAGGUUUUUUUUUCGUUGGAUUUUUAGAAAUUUGAAUACUAGAAGGAUAUUUUUACUCAAAAUAUAAAAAUACCCAAUUUUUUAUUAAUAUUAAGAAGAGUUAGCAAUCAUUAUAAUAGGAGUAGAAGUUACAAAUUUUGCACUUACUCCCUCUGUGAGUCAAUAAAAAAUUUUGCUCUUUUAUUUGUUUUCCAAUUUUAAAAAUCCCAAUCGGCAAAAAAAUUGAAUUCUAAAAAUUAAUUUAAUUUUUAGAUUUAUGUUUUAGAAUGCCAUCUAUUUAAAAUGAACAGAAUAGCUCGAGAUUUUAUUAUAAUAAUUAUCCUCAUAUAUCAAAAUAUUUUCUGCUUGUGGCUUUUUUCCCUAAAAAAUUGAUAUUUUUCAUAAGGUUUUUCACUUACCCAAGUUAAGAAUAUUUAUGAAACAAAAAGUCUUGUCCCAUUAGUCGUACUUGAACAAGAUAUUGAAAAGGUAACUUUUAUUCAGUUUGAAGCAUUGUUUUUAAUAAAAAUUACAUUAAUGAAUUACGGCAGCAAAUGUGAUGAAGGGUACUGUGCAAAUAAUAAUAUAUAUACUGAAAUUUCCGGAAUUUCAGGAAAUUGGACAGCUCCAAAAUGUGAACAUAUAGAAUACAGCGGAGACUGUGUAAUUUCAACGACAUGUAUAGAAUGUUCAAUCUCUAAGCAGGGCACACUUACUGUCACUAUGGAUGACACAAAUGGAUACACCUCAGGAUAUUCAGUAAAUGUUACUGCUUCUUCGUCUAUCCCAAACAAAUUUAGCAGCUAUAAAACUUAUGUUCUACCUGAUAGCAAUCAUAUCUUUAUAGGAAGUGACCCAACUGUAAUCUAUUUUGACAUAAUUCCAUCAGUAAUUAAUAUUUAGUACUAUGAAGAUACUGAAGAAACUGGAAAUCACACAGGAUAUCACAUAUCAUUAGAUAAAGUACCCCAUAAAGGAGCACAAUUUAAGCCUUAUGAGUAAAAAAUAUAUAGACUUGGGCUUGCAUAUAUUAAUUACUUGAAAAUAGUAUUCGAUGUAGACAAUAACGGACUUACUACUACGAGAUAUUAUAACCAAACGUGAAUAGUUUUAUUAACUACACUAUUAGGCUCUGUGUUUGGAGUAAUGGAGUCUGUGGGCAGUGCUAUGAAAUUCGUUGAAAAAAAUGCAUAUGCCUAUAACAAAAGGAGAAAACAUAGAAGUCUUUUGGGGCAACUUGAAAAAAAUUCAAAAACAAUAGCAAAGCUAAGAGAAGAUCCGUGCUUUAAGCCUCAAAAAGAACCGGAUUCUUCUAAUACAGUCCAAACAGUGAAUGAUGCAUUAGAAAAAUCUAGCUCCCACUUUAAUGGAACAAAAUAAUAGUAAAUUUUCAUUUUUUGGUAAAUAGCCCUUUGAAUAGGAAUGAAAUUUACUUUGUGUUGGUAAAAAUAAUAAUAUAUGUAAUCCGAAUUAAUGCUUAAUUUAAUGGUUGAUUCGAGAAUUAAUUUAUAAUUUGCUUUAUUUUAAAGGGCGGAAUUAAAGAAAUACAAUUAAACAUUUUGAGACUUUAUUGAUAAAUUUUUAAAUUAAUUUUUCAUGAAUAACUAAAUAUAAAAUUAUUUUUUCUAAAAAAUUUCAUGUUAAUUUUUUCGAAAAAAUUCGGCCUUUAUGUUGGAACAGUUUUUUUUUAUCAUAAUCUAAAGUGGGUGUAAAUUAAAGCCAGACGUGUUAGGUUAG